AUGCCGGCCGCUCCAAGCUUGCGCAAGCUUCAAGCGAUGUUGGACGACACCGUCCUCGGCAAAUCCGAACCAUCCACCCGUGCGAUACUCGCCCCAGGACAGAUACCCAGCCACCGCUGGAUCUCGUUCGGCGGCGAAGUUCUCGCACUCUCCAUCGACCUCGGGGAAGGAAGAUACCCCACACCAACCGAGAUCCACAAGUUUCACAACAUCGUAAAACUCUACGCACCCUACACCAAGACCUGCAUGAUCUCAGUGACUCUUCCCAAUUACGUCUAUGAUGUCCCAAAAUCUGACCACGGCCGCAUCUUCUUGAAUCUCGUCUCGAUCCUCAACGAAUUCACUCGCGUCGCUCGUCUCGAAGUUAUAACCCGCAUGCCGUUUGAGAACUUCACGCAGCUCAUAAACGCAAGUCACUUCUACAGACUCGAUUUCAAGGAUUGGAAACUCUUCCUUAAGGUCGGGUCUGAGGAUCUCGAGCAAAUUCAUGUCGGUUCGACGAUCGAAAGCAGGUUGAACGAUUGGUAUAAGGUCAACAUCGCUGGUGUCCCUUGA